AUGGGCGCCGGUCCGCGUCCCUGUCCCGCCGGCCCCGCCCGCCCCGUCCAGCCCCGCGAAGCCGGAGACGCUCCAGACCGCGGGCCUCCUGUGCGCAGCCUCAGGCCUGGCCUUUCUCGGCCGUCGGGGACCCGGUGAGGAACCCAUGUGGAGUCUUUGGAGCAGUGACUGCCAUCUGGUGGUAAUCCGGAAUCAUCACUUUGUGUAUCCUGAUGGCUACUAAGAGGCACACUGGUGACUCAUGUUGUAUGCUGGAGGGUGUCUGAUGAAGAAACCUACUGAAAUAAUCCUGUGCCUUCCCCUGGAUGAGUUGUUCAUUCUGAAUUCUGAACCAGGAGCCAACUCCAAAAUGGGGCCUCUGAAGAAAAGAUUUGAGUUGCUCUUGUGUUUUAGUCCAAGAUCUGCUUCUCUACCAGUGGAUAAUAACCAAGACUGUGAAUAAACACACACCAAGAAGGGCAUGUGGUGACAUGGAGCCUGAAAUAAACUGCUCUGAAUUUUGUGACAGUUUUCCUAGCCAGGAGCUGGAUCGAAGACCCAUUCAUGAUCUCUGCAAGACAACCAUUACAUCUUCCCACCAUAGCAGUAAGACCAUCUCUUCAUUAUCUCCUGUCCUCUUGGGUAUUGUUUGGACAUUUCUCAGCUGUGGACUUCUGCUGAUGCUUUUUUUUCUUGCCUUCACAAUUCGCUGCAGGAAGAACAGGAUUGUGAAGAUGUCCAGUCCCAAUCUAAACAUUGUGACCUUACUGGGCAGCUGUCUGACUUACAGCAGUGCUUACCUCUUUGGGAUUCAAGAUGUUUUCAUUGGGAGCUCAAUGGAAACUCUCAUUCAGAUAAGGCUGUCCAUGCUGUGCAUUGGGACCUCCCUUGUGUUUGGCCCCAUUCUGGGGAAGAGCUGGCGACUCUACAAGGUGUUUACCCAGAGGGUCCCAGACAAGAGAGUGAUUAUCAAAGACCUGCAAUUGCUGGGGCUGGUGGCAGGUCUGGUGAUGGCUGAUGUGAUUCUGCUCGUGACCUGGGUACUGACUGACCCCAUCCAGUGUCUCCAGAUCCUCAGUGUCAGCAUGAUGGUGACGGGGAGAGAUGUGUCCUGCUCUUUGACCAGCACUCAAUUCUGUGCUUCCCGGUACUCCGAUGUCUGGAUCGCUCUCGUUUGGGGUUGCAAGGGUCUGCUGCUGCUGUGUGGUGCCUACCUGGCUGGCCUCACUAACCACGUCAGCUCUCCUCCUGUGAAUCAGUCCUUUACCAUCAUGGUUGGGGUCAACCUCCUGGUCCUGGCUGCUGGGCUGCUUUUUGUGGUCACCAGAUACUUGUACUCUUGGCCCAACCUGGUCUUUGGACUCACAUCUGGAGGCAUCUUUGUUUGCACAACCACAAUCAACUGCUUCAUCUUCGUCCCCCAGCUGAAGCAAUGGAAGGCAUUUGAAGAGGAAAACCAAACAAUCAGACGCAUGGCCAAAUAUUUCAGCACUCCCAGCAGAAGCUUUCCUACCCAGUAUGGUGAGGAACAGAACUGCCGCCCAAGAGGAGAGAAAAGUUCCAUGGAGAGGCUCCUCACGGAAAAAAAUGCUGUGAUUGAAAGCCUGCAGGAACAAGUAAAUAAUGCCAAAGAGAAACUAGUGAGGCUGAUGUCAGCUGAGUGCACCUAUGACCUCCCAGAGAGGGCUGUCCCACCUGCCUCCUCCCAGAGCAAGAACGUCCAGACCACAGCCUUGGCCCUGCGGCCUUUGGAAUGCCUCUCUGGCUCUCAGAAUGAUACCGGUGUGGCUGCCCAGGACCAGCAUAGCUCAGUGCCCGCCUUAGGUGCACUAAGCCCUGAGAGGCCUGAGAAGGAUACCAGCCCCUCCCGAGGGCAGCAGGAGAAGUCUGAUCUGAAACAAUUUUCGGAUCAUUUAGACUCAUGUUGUAGCCAGAAGGCACAGGGUGAGCAAGCCAAGAACACAAAAGGAGGAAAGCAGGUUUCUAUUGUCCCCAGCCACAGCCUCCUACCAGCUAUGGGAGGCACUGAUGCCCAGACACUGAGGCAGCUGGAGAACUCAGAAGCACCCCCAGAGCAGCCGUCAAGGGUCAAUUCAGUGAUCAGGGAGAAACUUCAGGAAGUCUUACAAGAUCUGGGCCUGGGCCCUGAGGCUCCACUGCCCUCCUCCCCGGCUCGUCCCCAGCAGCUAUGGAAUAUCUGUUCUACCUUAAGCCCCCAGAAGAUGCCCGUUUCCAAGGAGCUGGGCUUCAGCCCGUACCUGAUUAGGAGAAGGUGGGCAGCUCAGCGGGCUUGCUCACGCCUUCCUGGCUCUGUACCCUCAUGCAGACCAAAUAGGGCUUUUCCUGGGGCACACGGUGGGCUGAAUAUGCAGAAUACGGACAGCCCCAGGCUGGCCCCCCAAACUGCUGAUUCCAGGGUACCAGGACCUUCUUCCAAGAAGCCUUCUUUCCUUCCAGAUCCUCAAGGCAGGCCAAGCUCCCUAGAGGGGAGCAAACAAAGCCAGACAGAUCCCCAGGGAACUGGAGGGAGCGAUGUGGUCUUUCCUUACCAGCCUUCUGGUUCUGCUGCCCCAUGUCUACCCACACCCUCACCUAACUUGCCUGAACAGUGGCAGCUGUAUCCCCCAGCGUCCCCAGGCUGUCCCUCCCUGUCUUCUCAGUACAACUACUUUGACACUGAGUCCAGCAGCUCAGAUGAGUUCUUCUGCCGCUGCCACCGACCCUACUGUGAAAUCUGCUUCCAGAGCUCCUCUGAGUCUAGUGACAGUGGCACAUCAGACACUGACCCUGAGCCUGCCAAAGGGGUGGCUUCCUGGGAAAAGCUGUGGGCCCGCUCCAAGCCCAUAGUGAACUUCAAAGAUGACUUGAAACCCACACUGGUGUGAAAAGCAGCAGAGCUGGUCUGGACCUAGAGACGGGGAAUAUAAGGCUUAGAGGAAGGAAGUAACUUCCCUCAACGCCACACUGCUGGACAGAGGCCAAUGGAGGACUUCCAGCUCCUGGAACUCCAUGUUGGUGGACUUCCCUGGGGACACAACUCUUCAAUCAUUCUUCUGGGAGCAGCGGGCAAGGCUUGGUAGGUCAGAUAGUAAAGCAAGGCCAGUGUGAGACACUUGCAGUCUGGGAUAACAAAACUGAUUCUUCAUCUCGGGAAGCAGGCCUCCACUUCCUUGCUGCCCUGGGGCACACCCCCACCUCCCCAGGAAGCUGGUGAAGGAUGAGCGCCAGGAACUUGUCCACUGCCAAAGCCACAGGGGGAGCACAGCUGGGUCCACUCUGUUUAUUGCUGAGCUGAUUGUUGACAGGCUGUCAUCUGCCCCAGUCCCGUGUGUACAUCUGUGGGUGUGCACAUGCGUAUGUGAAGGACUUUGGCCCUCAUUAGAUGUGCUCAGUGGGGGCCUUUGGCUCUACAGGUCUUGUGGAUUUAUCAUGGACUCUUGAGGCUGCUGACACCCUGUGAUUUCCCCAGCCACUGGACCAACAGGCCCUCCUGGUAGCACAGCUUCUUCUAUCAUCUACUUCAACAUAUGAACUUCUUAAUUUAUUCUAUGUGUGGGUUUAUCAUUUGUUCUGUGUUUGCUGUCCAAGUGGUACUUUAAUAAAAGAGAAACGACUCCCAAUGCAAAGCUCUUCAGAAAUUUUAGUUUUGGGCUGGGGAAAACGGGCCCCGAGUAGACUGAACCACCCAAAAGAGGGGAACCACAGAAGUUGCUACUGGAUGACCCUGAAUUCCAAGGGUACCUUCUACCAGACUUCUGUCUGUAACAGACCCUUCUGUUGUCUCCCUGUGCAGCAUCUUACCCCAGAAACACUUCCCUCACUGGGUAGAGGAAACACUGGAGACCCUGAACUCAUCCCACCCCCUGGGAGUCCUGUGUCUGGGCUUCCCCUCCCUCAGCCCCAUCCCGCAGUCUACCACCACUAGCAGCCUAUUAUUCACUAAUAAGGACCCUGCAGACGCUAAACCUGGCAGUCCUUCUUGCCAUGUCACACUGCUUCUAGACCAGUGAUUUUCAACCGGUGUGCUAUGGCACCCUGCUGUGCUGUGAGAGGAUCUUAGAUGAGAUGUGCUUUGAAAAUAUGUAAAGAUCAUUAAAUUAUUUUUGAAAGAAGUUCAAAGCAUGGUAAGUAUAUUCUUUUUAUUUUUUCACUCUUUUUUUAUUAACAUAAUUUGAGUGCCGUGGAAGUUUAACUAUACAUUCAAGUGUGGUGUGAGAUUUAAAAAGAUUGAAAAACACUAGUCUAGACCCUUGGCCUCCCCAUCCCAACCCUUCCACACUUCCAUCCUUUUAUCCAGAAUUUCUUUCCCCACUUUGUGUACCUUGUGAAUUAGUCACCUUUCCAGACUCAGGUGUGAACGUACAUUCUCUCUUCAGCUCUUCCUGAACAUCCCCAGGUAAAACUGAUGGGUCCUCUAGUUAAAUAAGGAAGAACGUUUAGGGGGUUGUCCUUUGGAUUCAGCUGUAUAGAAACUUCUAUCAUUCCUUUGACCUAGAAUGACUUUGUAAUCCUUGCCAGACCUAGUGGAAAAGGUAGAGAAUUUACCCUAGAUAUUCCUUAUUUGUCAUUUGGUUUGAAUACUACAUACCAAACACCAUGACUGCCUGCCCCAAAAUAUUGUCUCCAAAUCUACUGUUUGUUCUGUGUACUAGUCGUCUUCAGCUCCUUUCCUAAAUCUUCUACCCAAGACCAGCUAAUCCACUGAUGAAAUUCUUAAAAGGCUGAGUGUGCAAUGAAUUGUAGCCUGCUCUUGGUUGUUAAGCUCUUGAAGAAAGGGCAGUAAAUUGUGCGAAGGAAUCUAAAAUAAGUAAACAUUGUCUCUGCUGCUGUCACUAUGCUAUGCAAGUCUCUGUUUGUCCCAAGGUGCAGCAUGGAGCCAGUCUGACUCUGACCCCAGCAUAUGUUCUCUGCUGACUGAACAUCUUGGACUUGGACUUGGACUUGCAUCCACUCUGAUCCCAAAGUCUUUUCUUAUCUCCUGGCUUGUCCCAAACCCUCUUUGUACUUGGCCUUCCUGGACUUCAAAGAGGAGAAAAAGCAUUAGAUAUAGGAGGCCUAGUUUUUGUUUGUUUGUUUUUUAAUUUUUUUAGGGCCAAGUUCUUACUAUGUUCUUCAGGCUGGCCUCAAACUUCUAGGCUCAAGCAAUCCUCCCAUCCCAGCCUCCCAAGUAGCUGGGAAUACAGGCAUGAGCCACCACCAGGCCUAGUGUAGGAGGCCUGUUUUUAUGGAACCACAUCACUUGGAUAAUGUGUCAUGAGAUUAGAGAAAAAAAUGAAAAAUAAAUAAAUAACAAAGAAUCAUGUAACUUUGAAAAUGAAAAAGAGGAAAGCCUGGAACUUGUUAUAAUUACCUUAGAAUCCCCUCACACUUAGCACUGUGCCUGGAACAUGGUUGCCCAGCAAGUGUUCGUCAAAAGAAAUCAAUUAAGAGAGAGUCACUUCAUUAGAGCUAUUUCAAGGGGGAGCACGGUAAGGCAGCUCACAACA